AUGCUCCCUCUAUCUAUCUAUCUAUCUAUCUAUCUAUCUAUCCCAUCAUCUAUCUAUCUAUCUAUCUAUCUAUCUAUCUAUCUAUCUUCAUUAUUUAUCUAUCCAUCGAUCUAUUUGAUCUAUCUAUCUAUCUAUCUAUCAUCUAUCUAUCUAUCUAUCUCAGUCUUUUCAUCUAUCUAUUCAUCUAUCUAUCUAUCUAUCUAUCUAUCUAUCUAUCUCAGUCUCUUUAUCUAUCUAUCUAUCUAUCUAUCUAUCUAUCUAUCUAUCUAUCUAUCUUUUCAUUAUCAUCUAUCUAUCUAUCUAUCUAUCUAUCUAUCUAUCUAUCUAAUGUCAUCAUUAUUAUCUAUCUAUCUAUCUAUCUAUCUAUCUAUCUAUCUAUCUAUCUCAUCUUCAUAUCUAUCUAUCUAUCUAUCUAUCUAUCUAUCUAUCUAUCUAAGUCUCUUCUAUAUCUAUAUAUUCAUAUCUAUCUCACUCUUUUUCAUAUCAUAUCUAUCUAUCUAUCUAUCUAGUCUCUUUUUAUUUUCUAUCUAUCUAUCUAUCUAUCUAUCUAUCUAUCUUCAUAUCUAUCUAUCUAUCUAUCUCAGUCUCUUCAUUUUCUAUCAUAUCUAUCUCAUCUAUCUAUCUAUCUAUUCAUCAUUAUAUAUAUCUAUCCAUCAUUAUCUAUCUAUCUAUCUAUCAUUAUAUCUUCAUUAUUUAUCUAUCCAUCGUUUGAUCUAUCUCAUUCUUUUUAUAUCUAUCUAUCAUCUAUCUAUCUAUCCAUCUAUCAUCUAUAUCUUUUAUCUAUUCAUCUAUCUAUUCAUCUAUCUAAGUCCCUUCAUAUCUAUCUAUAUCUUCAUAUCUAUAUAUCAUCAUAUCUAUCAUCCACUCUUUUCAUUCAUCUAUCUAUCAUUCAUUCAUAUCUAUUCAUUCAUUCAUCUAUCUAUCAUUCAUCUAUAUCUAUAUCUAUAUCAUCUAUCUCAGUCUCUUUCUACAUUCAUUUCAUCAUUAUUUCUAUCUAUCUAUCAUCUAUUAUCUCAUUCAUCUAUCAUCAUUAUCAUCUAUUCAUAUCAUCCAUCCUCAGUCAUCUAUCAUUUCCAUCCAUCUAUCUAUCCAUCAUCAUCUCAUUCAUCCAUAUCUAUCUAUCUAUCCAUCCAUCCAUCCAUCUCAGUCCCUUCAUAUAUAUUCAGUAUCUUCACAUCUAUCUAUCUAUUCUAUCUAUCAUCCAUCAUCCAUCUAUCCAUCCAUCCAUCCAUUCAUCUCAGUCUCUUCAUCCAUCCAUCAUCUAUCCAUCUAUCUAUCUAUAUCUAUCUCAGUCUCAUUCAUACAUCCAUCCAUCUAUAUAUUCAUAUCUAUCAGCAUCUAUAUCUAUCUUUUCUAUAUCUAUCUAUUCAUAUCUAUAUAUUCAUAUCUAUCUUUUCAUAUUCUAUCUAUCUAUUAUCUAUCUAUCUCAUUCAUCUCUAUCUAUCUCAGUCUCUUCAUUUUCAUCAUUAUCUAUCUAUCUAUCUAUUCAUAUUCAUCUAUCUAUCUCAUCAUUUUCAGUCUAUUCAGUAUCUAUCUCAUGGCCCGCGGGUCCUACAUCAGUUUUGCUUAAAUGGUCAUUUCGACCGCCCUGAAAUCUCCAAAUCGAUAAUCGAUCACCUUUCGUUGCUUGUCGAGUUUCACAUGGUCAUUUCUUUUUUUUAUCCCGAUCGACAACUCCUGUCGGGGGUUAGAAUCCUUCUUUAG